AUGUCAAUGGCAGAAUAUAAGUUGAAAAGGGACGCGUGCCGUCCCAAAGUGCUGGAUAAAUAUGAAAUUAUUGGCUUUAUCAGUUCUGGUACUUAUGGUCGAGUCUAUAAAGCCAAAUCACGAAACAAGGACGAUCCUCGUGAAUUUGCAAUUAAAAAGUUCAAACCAGAUAGAGAAGGAGAUACUCACCACUAUGUUGGCAUUUCACAAUCUGCAUGCAGAGAAAUCGCUUUGUGCAGAGAACUUCGACAUGAAAAUAUCACAGCUUUAGAAGAAGUUCUCUUGGAAGACAAGGCCAUUUUUAUGGUUUUCGAAUAUGCAGAACAUGACUUUUUACAAAUUAUACACUACCAUUUACACACAGAGAGAAAACCUAUUAUGGAAGUCGUUAUCAAGUCGCUUUUAUGGCAAUUGAUAAAUGGUGUUGCGUACUUACACUCUAACUGGGUUUUGCAUCGAGAUUUGAAACCUGCUAACGUUUUGUUAACAAGCGAAGGUAUCGUUAAAACGGGUGAUUUGGGUCUUGCCAGACUGUUCAACAAACCAUUACAGCCAUUGUUUAAUGGUGAUAAAGUCGUUGUUACUAUAUGGUACCGUGCGCCUGAAUUAUUAUUUGGAUCAAGACAUUACACAAAAGCAGUUGAUAUGUGGGCGGUAGGUUGUAUAUUUGGCGAAUUAUUAGCUUUGAAACCAAUAUUUAAAGGUGAAGAGGCAAAAAUGGAUGGCAAAAAAAAUGUGCCUUUCCAAAGAAGCCAGCUUUCGAAAAUUUUUGAAAUUAUGGGGACACCAACAAAGGAAAGAUGGCCUUCAAUAGAUCAGCUACCAGACGCUCAGUAUCUGUCCUCCUUCCCUCAGACUCCCAACAAUUUAAAACAAGCAUAUCAAGUCAUGUCGAUCCCAAAAAGUGAAACAGGGUUCAAUUUACUGUCUGCACUAUUAGAAUAUGACCCUGCAAAAAGAAUAACUGCAGAAAAGGCAUUAAACCAUCCAUAUUUUCAGGAAGAUCCUAAACCUGCUAUGAAUGUGUUGACACAGCAAGGUAUUGAAUAUCCACUUCGUCGUAUCACACAAGAAGAUAACGAUAUCAAGGCAUCAAAAGCAGCCGUUGUGAAUAAAGAUGAUCAUACCGGUAGGUUAUCCAAGAAACCCAGAAAUGCUUAA